AUGGGUGAUACUACAGAUGCUCGAACGUUUAGAGUUGAGGAGAAUACUCAAGUGAGAGAAAACAUAAAUCUUCAUCAAAGCAGUGAUGAAAUUUUUGAAUUGUCAUCUCAACAGCCAUCACCAGAAUGUGGUAUGCCAACAUUUCCAGAUAUCAGUUCAAAAAGCCGUGCAGAAAAGCUUCAUCCAAGGAAGAGAUCUAAAAGGGAAGCUACUAAUGAUGCAGAUAAGCUGAAAAAUGAUCAGGAUGAUUCUAUGAUCAAGGUUAGCAACAAGAUCCUUAGUGUCAUACAACAAAGAGAAGAAAGACAACAAAGAGAAGCUGAGAAAAGAGAGGAAAAGGUAAAGCGAGAAGAAGAAGAAAAGGAAGCUGAAAGAAAAAGAGACAACAUAUGGGAAGCCAUGAAGGAGAUUCCUAAUUUAGACAAUCAUACUCGCUACAGAGCUAUCACCUUGAUUCAUAAGCUUGAGAUGAAAAGUGUCUUCAAAGACAUGACAGUAGAAGAACGUUUUGGUUGGAUCCAGAGCAAUCUUGGCUCUCUUUGA